GCGAAGGUACUUGUUCAACCUCGCACGGCAUCACUCCUUGCACACCAGAGCCCGACUUACCACCUGUUCACCAUCUGUUCGAUUAUCUAGCUUCUUGAAGUGCAGAAAUAUGGCCUCCCAAGUUGUGGAAAAUGGGAUAUCGACCGCUCCUCACCCGGUUCAGUCGACCAGCGAGCCGGCAAAACCAGCACCACAGAAUAACGCGCCUAAGCAGGCUAAGGCAGGGAAGAAGGACAAGGCUGCUGCUUCGGAUGACAGGAUGCCACUUGAGAUGAACCCUCCGCCCGCAUACAUGCAGGAGCGGAUUGAUAUGUGGAAUAAGCUGAAGGCGGAGCAAGAUGAAUUCUACGCUAAGCAACCACGUCAAGAGAUACAGGUUACCCUACCAGAUGGCAGCGUCAGGAAGGGUAUGAGCUGGGAAACCUCACCAAUGAUGAUCGCCGAGGAGAUCUCGAAGAGCUUGGCAGAAAAGGUCGUAAUUGGCAAGGUCGAUGGGCAGCUCUGGGAUCUGCACCGGCCGAUGGAAGGCUCCUGCAAGCUACAACUGUUGGCUUUUGAGGACAAGGAAGGUCAGCAAGUGUUUUGGCAUUCCUCUGCACACGUUUUGGGUGAAGCUGCUGAGAGGCAUUAUGGCUGCCAUCUGUGCAUCGGCCCCCCUACAGAAGAGGGGUUCUUCUACGAGAUGUCUAUGGACGAACGGGUCGUUCAAGCUAGUGAUUACGGCUCACUGGAAACACUGGCAAAGAUGGCAGUCAAGGAUCGCCAAAAAUUCGAGCGACUGGUCGUGCCGAAAGAGACCCUGCUGAAGAUGUUCCAUUAUAACAAGUACAAACUUGAGCUGAUCAAGUCGAAGAUUCCGGAUGGGACAUCCACCACCGUAUACCGUUGCGGUCCUAUGAUUGAUCUCUGUGUUGGACCACACAUCCCCCACACAGGAAAGAUCAAAGCAUUCAUGGUGACAAAGAAUUCGUCUUCGUACUUCCUCGGUGAUGCCAAGAACGACUCGCUGCAGCGCAUCUACGGCAUCUCCUUCCCGGACACGAAGCAGUUGACGGAAUACAAGCACUUCUUGGAGGAGGCUGCGAAGAGAGAUCAUCGGAAGAUCGGCAGGGAGCAGGAACUGUUCUUCUUCCAUGAAAUGAGCCCAGGAAGCGCGUUCUUCCUUCCGCAUGGCGCCAGGAUAUACAAUACCCUGCAGGACUUCACCCGGAGCCAAUAUCUCCAAAGAGGGUUCACUGAAGUCAUCUCUCCCAAUAUGUACAACCAUAAGCUAUGGGAAAAAUCCGGUCAUUGGCAGAAGUACAAGGACGACAUGUUCACCCUGGAGGUGGACAAGGAGCAGUUCGGCUUGAAGCCCAUGAACUGCCCGGGUCAUUGUCUCAUCUUCGACAGCCGCGAUCGCAGCUACAAGGAGCUUCCCCUGCGACUUGCUGAUUUCGGCGUGUUGCAUCGGAAUGAAGCGUCUGGUGCAUUGUCUGGCUUGACUCGAGUUCGCCGUUUCCAGCAGGACGAUGCGCACAUCUUCUGCAUGCCCAGUCAAAUCGGUCAGGAAAUUGCGGGCUGCUUCGAUUUCCUGCAGCAUAUGUAUGGAACAUUUGGAUUCACCUUCAAGCUGAAGCUGUCUACAAGACCCGACAACUACCUCGGGAAGAUUGAGACAUGGGAUAUGGCCGAGAAGCAACUUGAGCAGUCACUGAAUGAAUUUGUACCUGGCAAGUGGGAGCUCAACCCCGGUGAUGGAGCGUUCUACGGACCCAAGAUCGAUAUCACGAUUGAGGAUGCCUUGCGCCGUCAACAUCAAUGUGCUACCAUUCAGCUCGACUUCCAGCUUCCAGAACGGUUCGAGCUCAAGUACCGCGGGCCUGAGAACGACGAGACUCAGCUGCAUAACCGCCCUGUUAUGAUCCACCGUGCUAUCUACGGCAGUCUGGAGCGGUUCAUCGCUAUUUUGACCGAGCAUUUUGCUGGCAAGUGGCCAUUCUGGCUCUCGCCGCGUCAGUGCUUGGUUAUCCCCGUUGCGGUGCCUUUCUUCGACUACGCUAGCGAGGUUGCAAAGAAGCUUUGGGAUGCGGGUCUCUUUGCUGAAGCCGACGUUGGUCCGGAGACAUUGCAGAAGAAAGUUCGCAACGCGGAAGUUGGCCAAUGGAACUUCAUUCUUAUCGUUGGGCAGGAUGAGCUCGAUGCCAAGUCCGUCAAUGUUCGGAAUCGUGACGACACCACCUCAAAGAAUCGUGGUGAAGUCAUCCCCUUCGACACCUUUUUGGACAAGACCCUGUCCCUCAAGAAGGAACGGCGCCUAGAGAACAAGCUCUUGUGAGACAGCCUCUCGUGACGAGUAGUAUUACAUUGCAGUGUAGGAAAACAAGCUGGUCGUAUACGUAGGUCUAUUGAUGUAAUACACCGGCGAACUGGCUCCGCUAUUGGGAC